UUCAUUCCCAGGGUUUAGCCUCAUCUCACUGACACGGACGCGCAAACGGCACCCCAAAGGAACGGGACAUAAAGCGUCUCUCAAGGGAAUCACACAAAGUGACAGACAUUGCGCGUCUGUUUUCAGCUUUGGAUUACGACAAUAUUGAAGGACUGAAACAGUGAAUCCGGGAUGGGAACUAACCCAAAAAGGACAGUGACAGUCCAGAUGGUGCCUCAGCUGGCUGUGGUCGACACGCUGGGCAAUAAGGAGACUAAUGCCAACUGGGCUAAAGAGCCCAACCUCAAACUCUCUCAGGUUUGUCCAAAACCCACCCUCACAUCUCCUGAUCACAAACAGGAUAACUCAUCUCUGACUGCUUCCCCCGCUAACACCAUCCCACAUACCCAAAAAACAGCUUCCAAGGGAGGUGAGCCAGUUAGUGGCACUGUGUCGGACAAACCAGUACCAGCUAAUGGAAACCAGGCAAAGUCGGAGCUUGUGACAGGUGGAGACCAACAGAUGCAAGACCUGUCUCUAAAAGACCAAAGUGUGGGUGAGGCAGGAGGUGACCAGAGGGAUUCUAAUGCUAAUAUGAAAAUGUUAAGCCAGGCCGAUGAAAAGGAUAUCUGUAAGGCCAGUGUGUCGCCUGCUCUUUCAGCGCCAAAGGUCGACACGCAGACCAAUGACUGCAGAAUAAAAGGGCCAAGUGCAGCAGAGGAGGAGUGUGCGAAGCUGACAUCCUCGGCCAAAGCCACAGCCAGAGAGGACUAUAACAAACAUGUUUCUCCAAAUAAUAAAAAUCUUAACAAUGCCUGUGAUUUAAGGCAUACAGCAUCUGAACCACAACACGAUAAUACAGGGAGUAUUUCAGCUCCCAAAAACAUGGACACAGCUGUAUCACAGAAAUCUCCAGAGCCCGAUCAUAUACAUAGCUGCUCACAAAGCUCUGUCAGUCUGCAAGAGACUCCCAAACCUAAACAAAGCAUGGAAACUGCUGCAGUGCCACUUUGCUCCACUUCACCUCCCUCUAAGAGCAAAGAUGCAGAGUUUACAAAUAAGAAUUCAAGUUCAACACAUCCAGAGAAGGAUUUGCCGCCAGUAAAGAAACCACAAGUCUCCUCGGAUAAACAUCAGCCAGCAUCACCACAGAAGGACUCCUCCACUCUGCCCCAGGCUACACAAAACAUGCCGGCAGAUGGGCAGGUGUCUGAGGAAGCCAGCCAGACUGACACAGCUGUCUUUGAAGGGCAGCAGCAGCAGCAGCACAGCAAGCUGUACAGGGAGGCUUCGACGAUGACCUUAUCCCCGUCGCCCACCCCAGUCAAGCAGUGUCACGAUAUGGAGGUUCAGGCGGUGGCGAACACGUGCAGUAAGGCCGUGGCCACAAGCCCGAGCCUGCUGCCUUUCAAUGUGACUCGUAGGCCGAGUGGCGGUGCAGUCCCCGUGGAGGUGGCACAGAGCCUGGCUGUAGUCUACCAGGUCGACGGCAGCGUGGGGCUACAUCAGAUGAACAUGAGUUCUCUAUCUGCUGAUCUGAGGUCAGAGAGACUCACUGUUGAGGCGGAGAUGUGCCCCAGCCAAAAUGCCGGCGUGGUUUUCCACUCGGAAACUUUGUCCCAGGAGAAAGACAAAAGGCUCGGAGCGAAGCCUAAAGACCCCGGGCCGGCUCUCUGCAACACCCAGCCAGUUUAUCAAAUCAAUAUUGAACACAGCAACCACAAGGAGCAAGGAGAGAUGGGAAAGUCCCAAAAUAUAACAGCAGUUCAGAAAUCUGCUGCGAAAACAGCCACUCCUGAAGCUCCCUCUCUCAAAUCAGGAGCACCCCCAGAGACAGCUGGGGCUACCAAGUCUGGAACUGCUGACGGUAACAAAGCUGCACCUGCUCAGGCUGCUGUUACAACCAAGCCGAGCCAGGCCCCGCCAACAACAACAGCAGCAGCAGCAAACACCACAUCAAAGUCAGAUCAAACUAAAAAAAAAGCCGAAAUUCCCAAACAAACGGCUAAAGCUGGAGGUAAAGCCUCGAAGAAGGACACAAAGUCGGGCAAACAGAAGGUGGAACCGGAGAGAAAGGAAGACGAGGAUGAGGAUCAGAAAGGAAAGAGCAUCCACGAUGUCGUCUGGGAUGAACAGGGGAUGACUUGGGAGGUCUACGGGGCUUCUGUGGACCCAGAAUCCCUGGGUUUUGCCAUUCAGAGCCACUUGCAGUGCAAAAUCAAGGAGCAAGAGAGGAAACUGAUUGCCCAGACCUCCUUCCGAAAGUCAGUCUCUGGUGUCGAUUCGCCGAGACACGGCAGGAAGAACAAAAGGAGGCAGCAGAACAUUUUCAGGUCAAUGCUGCAAAAUGUCAGACGGCCCAACUGCUGCGUGCGUCCUCCUCCCUCCUCCGUCCUCGAGUAGCACAGCACAGAGGUAGCCAAUGUCAAACUCCUCCCUUUUCCUAGAGGUCAAAAUGUUUGUCCUCCCCUCGUCAUUGCAAUGCCAAGUGAAAGCGUAACGGGACGACGAUCCCUGUAAGUAAGUAUACUGGAAUGUUGUAGCAUAAAGAGUCAAACUAUGUGUGAUGUUUGUGAUCAAAGAAGGUAGGAAAUAGAGAUAUAAAAAUGAACAACCCAAGACUUAUUUUCUAGAAAUAGAUAUUAUAAAAAGAGAGAAGACUUCUAACAGUUUUUAAAUAACAGAGGCAAUAAUAGUGAAAUGCAUGUACAUUAGUUACAACGGCAGUGGUGUGACCUGAGAUGAAGUCACCGGUCAUGGGGUUGACAUAUUACUUACUGUCAGAAUAUUUGUGCAAAUAUAUUAAACCAACAUCUCAUUGCAUUUUGGUGCAUUUGGUAUAUGUUUUUGAGGUGUUUUUUGGGGGUCCUAUAUUUAUAAGAUUGCUGUAUUUUCUUUUCAUGCACAUUUCUUUUUAGUGAGUGAUUACGUUGUGCAAAAAAAGGGACUGUAUGCAUACAU